AUGCCAGCAGAUCUGGUCGCAAAGGAGCGCUACCAGCGCGACUUAAACACUCACAUAAAGGCCAUCGAUGAACAGUGGAAGAAGCAGUUAUCGUGGUAUCCGCAAACGCAGGCCUUCCUCUAUGGUCGGGUUCCCCAGAUCUACUUGGAGAGCCGUCAGAUGUAUGGGGACGAGCACUUUCUGCGCUACGCCCGUCGCCAUCGCCUGCACCAGAAGCACACGGUGACCAAGCAGGAUGCGGAGCGGAUUCUGUUGGAGCGCCAGGAGAAGCUCGACGCAGAUACUCUCAAUUGUAAGGCCUCACCCACUACGAACGGAGAGUACGGCCGCGUCAAGCCCACACGCCAGCACUUUUGCUAG